CGUUGUGAAAGUUGUAAGCCAUAUGGAAGCAAUUGUUUUUAUUGGGGCCGUUUGCCUUAAUUUGGCUCUAGCUUCUGGGUCAUGCGUGGACCUGGAUGUGACCGGCUGCCGGACCAACCCGCAACUCUGUCAAGACCCCCUUAUCGCAGAAGUCACAUGUCCAGUUAUGUGCAACAGAUGCCCAAAUGUUCCGCAAACAACGCAAGCUGACACGACAGCUGAUUGCUCGGACCUGUUGAAGAGAGGUCGUUCUUGGUCCUCUGGCGUUUACACCAUAGUUACCUGGAAGACACACACAACAGUAGAUGUUUUCUGUGACAUGGACACAGAUGGCGGUGGAUGGACCGUGUUCAAACACAGGGUCAAUGGAAGUGUGGAUUUUUACCAGAAUUUUAGCAGCUAUGAAAAUGGAUUUGGAUCGCCCCAUGGAGAGUUCUGGCUAGGUUUGCGGCUAUUAAAUGAGCUGACAUCACGCCGAAAUCACACGUUACGUAUAGACCUUAAGGCACAUAACGGUACAAGGAUGUAUGACGUGUACGAUGGAUUUAGUGUUGGAGCUGGUUCAAACUAUACACUACAUGUGGACCACAGAGUUGAUUCAUUACACCUGCCUUAUGGCCAUUUACUAUCGCCAUACCACGACGGCCAACCAUUUUCGACUUACGAUCACGAUAUGGAUCAACAUUCUUCAAGCAGCUGUGCUAUUACAUACCACGGUGGUUGGUGGUAUAACGGCUGCUACGCUGCUAACCUUAACGGACGCUACUUCGUUAACGGUUUCCCUUAUUACACAGGGAUGGUAUAUAUGCCAUUUGCAACUUUUGAAAGUGUAAAAAAAAGUAAAAUGAUGUUUAAAUAAGACUCCAGUAAA